AUCCCGCCCUGCCUCGUGUGUUUUCCCACCCCAGCCCCAAAGAGGGAAGAUUGAGGAGGCCGGCUUCCACUCAACUCGACCGGCCCCGAGUCCUAAGAACUACGCGGACAUGAGCACGUCGACGACACGCUAGCGGAUGUUUUAGGGACAAUGUGAAGUCAAGGCGCUGUCGUUGGGAGAGCUAAACAAAACAAAAAAACUACGAGCGUGGGGUUAAAAAGAUGGCGAGGCGGCUCCUGGCUUUGGUGGCUCUGCUGGGACUUUUCUUCCUCCGUGUGUCGGCGCAACAACAACAGCGGGAGGAGGAGGAGAGGUCCUGUCAGGGUGCCUUCGACCUCUAUUUUGUCCUGGACAAAUCCGGAAGUGUGAAGCAUCACUGGAUAGAGAUUUACUCUUUCGUGGAACAGCUGGCAGAAAAAUUUAUCAGCCCCAUGCUGAGAAUGUCCUUCAUCGUCUUUUCCACGCGUGGAAACAUCAUUAUGAGGUUAACUGAGAACAGGGAUGCCAUCACUGGAGGACUGAGAGCUCUAAAAACUGUGAUUCCUGGAGGCGACACGUUUAUGAAUUUAGGCCUGGAGAUGGCUAAUGCGCAGAUAUAUCAAGAGAGGCAAGGGACAGCCAGUGUCAUCAUCGCACUGACUGAUGGCGAGCUGAACGAGUGGCAGUUUGACACGGCUCAGAGAGAGGCUCAGAGGGCCAGGUCCAUGGGAGCCAUUGUUUACUGCGUAGGGGUCAAAGAGUUUAACCAGACCCAGCUUGCAACCAUUGCCGAUACUAUGGAACAUGUGUUUCCUGUGUGGGGGGGCUUCCAAGCCCUUAGGGGAAUCAUUGACUCGAUCAUCAAGAAGUCCUGCAUUGAGAUCCUUGCAGCUGAGCCAUCCAGUGUGUGCGCAGGAGAGAGCUUUCAGGUGGUGGUGAGAGGGAACGGCUUUCUCCAUGCCAGAAACAUUGACCAGGUUCUCUGCAGCUUCAAACUGAAUGACACACACACUGUUGAUGAGAGACCAGCUGGAAUAGAGGAUACGUUCCUUCUCUGUCCCGCUCCUGUGGUUGAAGAGGUGGGAAGGGUGAUCUACCUGCAGGUGAGCAUGAACGAGGGCCUCUCCUACAUCACCAGUUCAGUUCACAUCACAACUACUGAAUGUUUUGACGGCACCAUCGUGCUGAUUUCCCUGCUGGUGGUGUUCUUGCUGUUGGCCCUGCUGCUCAUGUGGUGGUUUUGGCCUCUCUGCUGCACUGUGGUAAUUAAAGAACCUCCGCCGCCACCUCCUCCAGAGCCUGAAUCUGAUGAUGAAGAUGGGAUGCCCAAAAAGCGCUGGCCCACAGUGGACGCUUCCUACUACGGAGGACGAGGAGUGGGUGGCAUCAAACGCAUGGAGGUGCGCUGGGGUGAGAAGGGCUCCACUGAGGAGGGCGCUAAGCUGGACAAACCUAAAAACGCUGUGGUCAAGAUGCCAGAGCAAGAAUUUGAACCUUACGAGCCCAAACCUCGGAAACCUACACGCCGGGCCUACCAGCAGAGGAGGUGGUACACUCCCAUUCAGGGGAAGCUCGACGCUCUGUGGGCUCUCUUUCAAAGAGGCUACGACCAGGUAUCGCUCAUGAGACCUCAGCCUGGAGAUCAGGGUCGCUGCAUCCGCUUCCACCGGGUCAAAGACGGCGACGCCCCCCUGAACAACCGCCCCCCUCCCCGUGUGCAUCAGGCCCCGCCCUCGCCCUCCUCGCCGCUGCCUCCCCCGCCCGCCGAGCAGCGUCCUCUGGUCUCCAACUCGGUGCCUCGUACAAAACCUCCGUGCAGAAGUCCUCGCACGACGCCCCCGUCACGCACGCUCCCCUCCGCGGCAAGGGGGCCGCCCCCGGCCCGGGCCCCCCCUGGACCACCCGGACCCCCGCCCUCGAGACCCCCGCCCCGGCUCUGAUGAGGAGUUCAAAGCCACAAGCUCUGACGGGACGCUUCGAGCCUUGUUGCUGGACAGCAGAAAUAUUUAUCCUCACUUUGGCAUGUCCAAAAGACGCCAUCUUGACAGGAAGUGCUGACAUUUAAGGAGUUUAGCUUUAGCUUCAUGCUAACUUUGCUUGCUUGGGUGCUUUAUUUUGAAGGGGCUUAGAAGGGUUUUAUUAGUCAAGAUGUUUUUCAAGGAGAUCACCCCAAGUUGCUGCAAAUUAGGCCAACUUUCUUCUUGUUGCAACUGCAGGGCAGUUUCUCCAGGUUAUUUAUUUGAUGACAUCACAAGCAGAGCCGCCGUCAGGUUUCACUUUCACUUUAGUUUUUUGGUUUUAAUGAGCAAACCCUCCUGUUUGUGGCCUUUUUAAAAAUAGGAAAAAGUCAUUUCGUAUUUUCACGUGUACUUCAUUUACUGACUGAAAUGAUCCUUUGCAUUAUUUCUGUAUUAACAACUUGUCUUUCUAAUAAACUUAAGUUUUUUUUA